AAGGCAUCCAAACCAAAUUGGUCUAUACUAUUUAUGACAAGGCAAACCUUAUGACAUCAUAGGAUCAACAGCAGUUGAAACUGGCACCUCACCAAACCUCCAAAAUAAGGCUAAAAUCCUAUUUUGGGUUAUUACUUAGCAAUAAGAUUAUUUUGGAACUUUUAUAGUACAUGAAUGCAUUGCAUUCAAAGCAUUGCUUCAGCACUUGUUACCUACCCCCUUCCGUUUCCCUAGAUUGAUUAUAAACACAAUGACAUGUUACAUAUGUGAUUUAUGUACAAAUAUCAACUCACUUGUCUUUCUAAUCAUGAUUAAAGAUUCAUGAAAGUAGUUGCAUUAAAUGCUGAUUUCAUGAGAAAGUCUGUAUAAAGCAAGGUUAUCAUCAAAUCAUCUGAGAUUUAGGUCUCGUACUGUUACACAAACUGAACUUUGAGAAAUCAUUAAAUCUAAACUGAACAAUAAUCACACUUGAGAUCACCAACACAGUUGGUAUGCAUAUGUGGGACAGCAUACUUUUAUUGCUUGGAAAAGACCUGAACCUGUAUGACCUCAUUUAUGCACUCUUUGUUUAAGUACAUGAUAUAGUGCCCAGCAUUGUGAUAUAAAUCACUUAAGUACCAUUUCGUCAAUAUUAGCAAGGUCCAUUGGUUUCAUACUGAUAACGCAAAAACACUUGAAUUUCAUGAAAGUUAUAAAAUCAUUAGAAAUAGGUUGGCACUUAUGAAAUACUUGAAUUGUCUGUCAUUUUAUGUGAACAUGAAUUGAAUAUAAAUCUCACUGAAACAAAGGUCUUACAAAGUAAAAUAAUACUAGGAAUAUAUUUAGUCAUUUUUUUCUUUGGUACAUGUACUUCAAACAAGAAUUACACAGAAGUGUUUGUUUUAAAAGAAAUAAUUUGAGUUUGUUUUCUGCUUUGAUCUUGUUUUUCAUCACGUGCAUACAUGGUAAACUGCCCAUUCCUCUGUUGCCAACUCGUCCGCUCAACACGUGGUCUACCUUCAUUUAGUCUAAUGCCAUUCCGUCCAUCAACACUUCAUCUAAAAACCAUUUGGUCCAAUAUUCACUUCUAAUCAUCAGUUAGUCUAUGACCAUUUUGUUUAAUAACCAGUUGGUCUAACACCCAUUUUCUUUCAUUCAUUUUGCCCAAUUAACACUUAUCCAAUUAGACCAAAUGGUUUAUGAAAUAAAUGGCUAUUGGACCAACUGGUUAUCAGACGAAAUGGUGAGUGAAUGAAAUAGCAAUUAGACCAUGUGGAUAGUGGACGAAUUGAUGGUAGACCAAAUGAUAGUAGACAAUUUGGUAAUUAGACAAAUUGGCAUUAGACCAAUUGGAAAUAAACUGCAUCCAUGAUUGCUGCUUUUCCCAUUUUGUUUUGGAACAACAUUCCUUUUAUUAUUGCCUUGUUUAUUUAUUGACACAAUGUGAAAAAUGAAAUCUAUGUUUUCAAUUAAGUUUGAAAAUUCUGGGAUGUGUUAGAAUUUGUACUUGGAAGAGGCAUAUUUGACAUUUUUUUACUAUUUCCUUGUGUAUAGUAGAGUAGUGUUGGCACAAUGUGAAUGAUGAAAUCUAUGUUUUCAGUUUAAGAUUGAAAUUGCUGAGAUGUGUUGGAAACUACCUUGGAGAGCAUGUACAUGUAUGAUAAUCAAAGAUAUUGCCUCUAGCUGCAUUCUAAUGUUAUUAUAAUGAGUCCUUAAACCUAUCAGAUUUCAAAGAGAUCCAUGAAACAAAAGACCUUUAGCACUUUCUUUGAAAAUGGUGUUUGAUGCACUUUCUGAUUUGUGUCUUUUAAAUUUAAAAUGUGCACAUUGUACUUCAAAUAGUUGUUGAGUCAUAGACUAAUUUCAUUCAGCCAUCUUGAGUUAUGAAAUGUGUUAAGUAAGACUGUUAUGGUUCUAUAAAUUAAAAAUAAAGCAAUCGGCAUUAUGUGAAAAUUAUUGUUCAAACUAUAUGACCAUAGCCUGUCAAAGCUAACGGUUUCUUCCGUUUUUUUCAGAGAAUGGAAUGGUUGUACACAUACAUUGUAUUUCUUGAAGGAGGUGAUUUUGAGUGGAAAAAAUAUUAAAUUUCUAUGUUUGCAAGCAGAAAGCUAUUGUGAUUGAAAGAAAACACAUUUUGAAUUUUUGCCAAACCCUUUUUUCCAUUGCCUCACACUGUAAAGAUUUUUUUUACUAGAGUAACCCAAUGCAAUAUAUGUUAAUUGGUGAAAAAACAUUGUGUACUAAAAACUGUAUUUAUGUAACAGUAUUUACACAUGCAGCAUUCAGUAGACAUGUGUAUUUUGUUAACUUAGUAGAUCCUGAAAAUGUUUAUGUAAUGAAACCUACAUGUAAUGAAAUCAGAACACCUGAUAUUUUUUAUUGUCCAAGGAGGUCGAACUUGUGUGAAUGGAAGGUUGAUGUAUUGCUCUGUGAUUUUUUCUUUACAUAAUUUGUGAAAUUCAUGCUUUUUUGUUAUCACUUCAUCAUAAGUAAAUAAAUCAUGCAUGUGUACAUGUAACUGAUAUUUCAUCAUAGCUAAAAGAUGGAUGAUCCUCCCCCCUCCCCAUAUUUCUAUGAACAUUUGUUGUUAUCACAAUUGUACCUAUAUAAAGUAAAUUGCAAAUUCUACAUGUUGUGUUUUAUCUUGAUCGCUUUGGCAGAAAGCAGAUGACAGUCUUAACUUUGAGGAGCAAAUCUUGGAGGCAGCUAAAGCCAUUGCUGCAGCAACAAGUGCUCUUGUCAAGGCAGCUGGCUAUGCACAGAGGGAAUUGGUUCAACAAGGAAGGGUGCGUGCUAACCCAUCACCCUACAGUGAAGAUGGUCAGUGGUCAAUGGGUCUGAUUUCUGCAGCUCGUAAGGUUGCUGCAGCUACACAAGGUCUGUGUGAAUCAGCAAACUCUGUGGUACAAGGUCAUGCUAGUGAAGAACGCUUGAUUGGAUCAGCUAAGCAAGUCGCUAGUUCUACUGCCCAACUUUUGGUUGCGUGCAAGGUCAAGGCUGACACCUUCAGUGAAUCCAUGCGAAGAUUACAGGUUGCUGGUAAUGCAGUAAAACGUGCCUCAGAUAACCUGGUAAAGGCUGCUCAACAGUCACAGGAAGCAUCAGACGAAUCACAUGGUGUAGAGAUUACAGACCGUAUGGUAGGUAACAUCGCAAUUGAGAUUGAAGCUCAGGAGGCAAUCUUGAAGAAGGAGAAGGAAUUAGAAGAAGCAAGAAGGAAACUUGAAAUAAUCCGCAAGAAAAAGUAUGCCAACAAACCUCCAUCAGAUGAAGAUUGAUUCUAACCACUUUAUAUAGACAGUUCAUUAUAAAUAUUUUCAUGAAGAUCAAUGUUUUAGUUCUGUAUCUUUUUUGCAACAAUAUAAAAAAGUACAAUGAUAUUCAGCAUGGAUAACUUGUUUAGUGUGACUUCAAUGUGUGUAAGAUAUUACUGUCAUGAAUAUAUUUUCUUCACUUCCCUUAUAUCAAUGAAAAUGUUUUAGCAUAAUGCACAUAAUUCAUAGACCCAAACCCAAGUAAUCUUGAACAAUAGAUUAAUCAUUCAAUUUUUUUUCACUGGUCUGAGCAGUGCAUUGAAUGGCAGAAAUGUAUCUUACAUAAACUUUAUCUCUUACACAUGGAAAAGAAAAAUUGCUGUAAAAAAAAAAAAAAACAUGUUUUUUUUUCUAGAGGUAUGCUGAAUGGACAAUGGUGUUGCUUUCCCUGUGAUAAGAUGGAUGGUCAAAUAUCAAUGUAUGUUGUGUUACAAAAAUUUUGAAACAAAAUGUUUUCUAUGAAAAAUGUAAUGCUCUGCCUACCCCAUGUGUGUAUUCUUAAAUUAGAAGAAAAAAUGGGAUGAUCAAUACCAAUGUCGCCAUUCUUGUCAUUUAGUAUAUCGUGUAGAUUUAGAAAUAAAUAAUGUUUUAGAUCAUAUUAUUGCUUUCGAUUAUGUUACAUAUAUUAAUGAAUUAAAUCUCUAUGGUGUUGAUGAUUUAAACCUACACAAACUGUGACAUGUUUUGUCUAUGGCACAAUCUGUGCCAUGGCUUGUCUACGGCACAAUCUGUGCCAUGUUUUGUCUAUGGCACAAUCUGUGCCAUGUUUUGUCUAUGGCACAAUCUGUGCCAUGUCUUGUCUACGGCACAAUCUGUGCCAUGUUUUGUCUAUGGCACAAUCUGUGCCAUGUUUUGUCUAUGGCACAAUCUGUGCCAUGUCUUGUCUAUGGCACAAUCUGUGCCAUGUCUUGUCUACGGCACAAUCUGUGCCAUGUUUUGUCUAUGGCACAAUCUGUGCCAUGUUUUGUCUAUGGCACAAUCUGUGCCAUGUUUUGUCUAUGGCACAAUCUGUGCCAUGUCUUGCUGCAGGAAUCCUCCUCAGUGUCUUUUUCUCUCUAAUCCUCCCGUUUCAGCACUUACGUAGAGAACAAUGGGGAAUAUGGGGAAAACCACAUUGAAAGACACUGAGUGGGAUUUCUGCUAAAAGAUGCUCAGACUUUUUAAGGUGCCUAAUAGUGCUCUUGUAAUGUAGUAAAACUGUAGAUAUUCAUUAGGUGUGAAAUUAUGUUUUUGUGGACUAGUUUGGUUAUAAUAUGUACUUGUAUGUUCACCCAAGAUAUGUCUGACCUGUGAUGCAGCAUUAUACAUUGAAUCUUAUUUUCUUUGUGUCUACUGUAGCAAAAUAUCCAUUAAUUAUUAUUUCAAUUUAUUUGAAGACUUACAAUGACAGAACUUACUCUGAUAUUAGAUUUUCUGACUGGUGGUAUAUUGUUGAAGAUAAAUCUAAUCAUGAGUAAAUAGUGAGUUAGGCCUGAAUGACAUAGUUUAAUUAUUGUCUUCCAUCUUCAGGCUUUAAAUAUUUUUUCUUUCGGAAAUAAGUUUUUACAAGUUUGAUUGAAAAGGGCAGAUAAUGAAGAUUUUUUGUAAAUUUUGUCAAACAUUAUUAUAGCUUCCAUGUCUGAUGCUUUCAUUCAUAUCACAUUUUGGAUGAUAACAAUCUGAUUGUUAGUGUGUGCGUGUCUAUGUAUAUAUCUGCCUUUCAUGUGGUGUAUUAAUGAUAAAAAUUAAAUAAAUGUUAGUGUUGAUCCCUUUCUCUAUUUCUAGCUUAGAUUUUAUGGAGUUUUCUAACUCACUCUCUGUGUUAAAGAAAAAUAUAGAAAAAAAUAUUCUGCAAGUUGCAACUCGAAAUGUGUAUUGGUUCAAUUGUAUGAUCUGUAUGUAAGGAGAUUGCUAGUAUUUAUAUAGUAUGUUCUGUAUUGUUUACUGUACAUGUUUGAAAUAUCAAGUUUUAUUUUAAAUUAUAAUAUGUUCUAUAUCCAAUUUGUAGAGUUGCAUUAAUAAUGAAAACUUGUACUUUGUUUUUUGUUUUUUGCUACUCAUUUUUUUUUCAUUGGUCAUAAGCAUCAACAAGUUUGAUUUUUUGGGGAAAGUGAUGCCAUGAUUGUUGUGACAUUUGAAAAUUAUUCUUCAAGAUGUUAAAACAGAUCAUCAAACUAUCCCAAGAUCACUGGGGUGAAAUAUAAAUGCUCUCAAGAUCGUGUUUGUCAUUUAUUGUUGAGAGAACAAUAUAUUUUCAUAUUAGAGCCUGUCGGUGAAGUUGUAUGUGUAUAAUGUAUAUAUAUUUUGUUACCCCUCUGAAUGCAAUUGGGAGUAUGUGAUUAAGACAUGUGGAUAUCAAGUAAAUGAAUAUGCAAGAAUUUUGAGAUGCUAUCACAAAAGAACGCUCACCUGUUCAUUGAAGCAGCAAAUUCUACAUUGUAUGAUUUAUUGUCAUGUUCAAAAUCACUCACAUAGCUGUGAUGGAUGCACAGUUUAACAUAAAACAACGAUGAUGAUGAUUAAACAAUUGUGACAACUUGCCGUUGAUAAUGUCAUGCAGCAAGCACUUAUAAUAUUUAUAUGCACUGAAUGGUAAAUGGUUGAAAAUAUAUCUGUGAAGGUUGAUGGUAAUGAACAGCAAAGCAUUUCAUUUGUAUAUGACAUUACCACAAGAAACAAAACACACACAAAAAAACUAAUUGUUUUUUAGUUUAGUUAACUACUUGAAGACAAGUUAGGAGAGUACAAAGAUAAUAUAUUGAUUUUGGAAUGACUUAAUGGAAUCCAAGUUGAAUUACAAAUCUCAGAUAUGUAAAUGAAGAUAAUUUGUUGCAAAUAAUGGUAUAGCACACACUAUUGGUACAUGAUAUGUGAUUAUGUAUGCAGUUAGUAUUGCCUGUGCUCAUCAAUUGCCUAUUGUAAAUAAUUUCCAGCUCUUGAGCAAAGACAAAACAUUUAUCUCUAAAUGUUAUUUAAACAAUUUAUAUCUUCAUGUAAUGACACAUAUUUAGUUACACCUGCUCAAAGCUUUAGCUUUCAUUGUUAGUAGUUUGGAAUGAAUUGUUUUCAUCCUAGUUUUAUUAUCACUAAGCUAUAUAUUAUUUGCAUGGAUGCUUGAUGUGUUUGGGUCUAAUUAGUUUGGGUUACAUCUAAUUCUUUUAUUUCUUUUUCAUGUGUGUUUCAACAAAUUUUUAUGAUUUUUGUAAUUACAUUAUCAAAGAAUUAUGAAUAUACUUUGAUAUAACUGUCAAAACUAAUAGAGUCAUUUUCUAUGAUUAUUUUUUUUUUCAUGACAGAAAAACAGUCAAUUCAUGAAACAGAUUUAAGACAGAACAAAGUUACAACAUUGUGAUUCAGUCUAUUAAUUAUAAAAUAGUAUCUCUUUGAUUUACAUGAUAUAUCACAUAUAUGCCUGUAUGAUAUUCACGUUUUUUGAAAUAAAAACAAAAAUACAUCAAGGAACAUUUAUACAUAAAUGAA